AGUGUGCGGGUGUGUGAAGUGUGUGUAAAGUGUGUGAGCUGCACUUGGCUUAUCAAUUGCAUUGGCACAGUGAUAAUCGCUCGGCAUCGAACUGAAUAUUUUUGUGGUUUGGUGGCUCUAGCCUUUGGCCCCAUCACCCCCCCUCCCGCAGCCCACGCCCCUGGCCCUGAUAAGCCGCAGAAAGCCUCAGAACCUGAUAUACUUUUUUUUUAGUUGGGAACUACGUACUAAACACUUAGUUAGGCCGUUCAGAGCAACAACAAUGCGGUUAUAGCUAUAACCCAUCGCGAAAAACGUGGAAAUGACAGAGGGCCCAAUAAGUUGACGGCUAGGCCAACACACACACACUCAUACACUCGCAUAUAAAUCAGCUGCUUUCUGGGGGACAACGCAAGAAAAUAGGGCCUAGUGCGAUUAAAAGUGCGUCUCAGUGGCUCAAAACAAAGGCCAAAGAGAGCGGCGUGCUAAAUAUACGUAAAUACACACGAUUUGCAUCAUAAAGAAGAAGCUCGAGUGCAUUUGACGAGCGCUACACAACAGAACCAAAACAAGGGGCAUAUCGACUUAUAGAGAGUGGAGAGCAAUAAUUAAAAUGUUAUAUUAACAAAAGUUCCAAUAGAAAGGAGUUUAGGUAGAGUAAUUACUCAUAAGGUAUCUUAGAAAAGAAUAAAAUAAAACAAGUUACAAGUAGUAGUUAUAGUAUAUAUAGUAGAACCUAUACAAAAGAUGGCACAAGUGCUCAAAGGCUGGACCGCAUUUGCUGUAGCGCAAUAAUCUGGUGUCCUCUUUCCUCCCCCGCAGCGCUCGUCUGUGGCUCCUCAUUCUGGCUCUACGUGUGGCAAUAACAACAAACAUUGUUUAUGCCAGGGGCGCAGAGAGGGGGUUUUUGGGGGCAAGCCACAGACUGUUAUUUGUUAUAUGUAUGUAUGUGCUUAGUAUGCCAGCAUGUCUUCAUAUACCGGAAUACAGAACUUGGGAAUUCAACUUCAACCCCCUUGCAUUUGCUUUGGAGCCCGCCCCUGUUCGAUGCUCUCUCGUUCUACACGUGAGACCAUGUGUUCGUGCGCUAUUCUUGUUUCGGGGCAUGGUCUGAUUAGCAACAGGCGACGACCAGCAGUUCUCACCCGUUCGACUUUUGAUUAAAUGGGUUGUCUGCCGGUCGCCCAGAGCCACUCCCCCCUUGAAUAGUCGCCCCCCUUCCCGACGCCCUUGGCGUGAGCUGGAAAGCGAAUGAACCCACGCACACACACAGGCAUGAAAAGAGCGAAAUUCAAAUUCAAAUGAGCCACAGGCACGCACACACUCAAACGCCGCGAAAUACAAAAUAUUAUUUAUUCUAAUUGUUUGACGCGCCUCAAAAUUAACGCAACCAAAAAACAGGCCUACGACGAAGCAAACAGAAAGCGCAAAUUAAAUGGAGACCGCGAGCUAAAGCCACAGUGAGAAAUAAAAGUGAAACCCAAAAAGCGGUUAAGGUUAAACAGCCGAAGGAUCAAAAGUGCUAGACAACAUAUAGAAUAUAAAAAUCUAGAAAACUAGAAAUCACGAAAUGUCCAGUUGGAGUUUGGCCAGUGCCGUGUCGCCAAAUGUCACCGGUGGCGAUGUCAUCCGGUUGAACAACCUGAAGUCCAGCUCGGAAACGCAUCUGCCAUCUCGUGGCUCUGGAACGCCUGGAGGUUCUGGAGCACUACCUCGUCCCACGACGCCCGUGCCCUCCAAGAAACUGCCAUCCAAACGACCGCCACACUUGACCCUCAACAUAAGGGCCAAGUCCCACGAUGCUCCGCUGGCCGAGACGGAAAACACGGUGCUCUCGACCAGUGAGUCCAUCUAUGGAACUCCGAUGGGCGCCACACCCGUUUCGUCACCAGCCAACCAAAGUCAACGCAGUCAGGCGAGCCAGCAUAGUGACGAGAGUCGCCACAGCAGCAGCACCCCCACCAGCGGCGGUUCCAUAUUCCCCCAUGAACAGUACAAAACCAUCAAGAAGAUCAACAUCGGCUUCGAGAACAUACGCUACACUACCAAAUUCGGAGUCUUCCAGAGGGAAACUAAGGAUGUGCUAAUGGGACUGACAGGGUACUUCAAGUCGGGAGAACUUAGUGCCGUUAUAGGACCCUCUGGAGCUGGAAAGAGUACGCUGCUCAACAUUCUGUCAGGAUACACAACCUAUGGCUUUACGGGGGAUUUCCGGGUCAAUGGCAAUAGGCGGGAUUUGAAGGCCUUCAAGCCGAACGUGGCGUUCAUCCGCCAGGACACGAGUCUUCAGCCCUUUCUCUCCGUCAAGGAGGCGAUGCAUUUUGCGGCCAACUUGAAGAUCGGCACUCACAUGACACACUGCGAGAAAAGGGAGAGGGUUAGGAGCAUCCUGGAGGCCAUCGGGAUGUACGAAAACCGGCAUACGAGAACGGGGCAGCUCAGUGGAGGUCAGAAGAAGCGUCUUGCUAUUGCUCUGGAACUGGUGAACAACCCACCAGUGCUGAUCCUGGACGAACCUACAACUGGCUUGGAUAGUUCCACCUCGAAUCAGCUGAUAAAUCUGCUCAAGAAGCUCGCCCUCGAGGGACGCACAGUCAUCUGCACAAUUCAUCAGCCAAGUGCCUUGACCUUUGCCAUGUUCGAUCAUCUGUAUGCCAUUGGCGAGGGCAAGUGCAUUUACGCCGGAGGAGCCCAAAACCUAUUGCCCUUUCUGGGCGCCCUCAAUCUGCAAUGCCCGGAGUCCUACAAUCCAGCGGAUUACUUAAUGGAAAUAGCAACCCAUGACUAUGACACGGCGGAUGACAACCAGCUGGAGAAGCUGGUGGCCUUGAUGGACAAUGGUCGCAACGAGGACUACAGACAGAGCAAGACUGCGCGAGUUGCACAACUGGCGGCCAUGAAGAAAGUUGACCAACUUAUGGCAGCGGGACUGAUGACACCCGUGACAGCUCCCGUGAUGUCCGCAUCUGUGCCACCGCAUUUCAUGCAGGGCAGCACCUUCAAGCCACUCACUCCCAUCAAUGAGCUGUCUUCCCGCGUGUGGGACAGUCAAACGGCGGGAAUCGGAAACACUGGCAGUUGCUGUAAGCCAAAGAAGAAAAACAAAUCCAGGCCAGCCAUUGAAUUGGAUCCAUCGCAUCUGUGCAAAAGGGAAAAUAUCUACGCCACUCCGUUCCACCGCCAAUUGAGUAUCCUGCUCCUGAGAACGUUUCUGCUAAUUUGGCGGGAUAGUUCGCUGACCACAAUGCGCUUCGCCAUUCACCUCAUCACAGGCAUCCUUAUAGGAACUCUGUACAUAGGGAUCGGCAACGAUGCCGCCCAGACGCUUAACAUCUUCCGAUACCUAUUCUACACGAUCAUGUUCAUCAUGUACUGUGCGUUCUCGGGAAUACUGGUGAAGUUUCCGCUGGAGUUCCCUAUUGUGUCGCGGGAGCAUUUCAAUCGCUGGUACUCCCUGCGAGCAUAUUACGUGGCCAUCACCCUAGCCGACCUGCCCAUCCAGAUCAUCUGCAGUGCCCUGUUCAUAGUACCCACAUAUCUGAUGACCCAACAGCCGCUGGAACUCUGGCGGUUCGGAAUGUUCUUCCUCAUUGUGUUCGUUACGGCUUUGGUCUCGCAGAGCAUUGGGUUGGCGGUGGGAGCAGCACUGAGCCUCAAGCUGGGCUCCAUUCUGGGACCCUUCUUCAUCUGCCCGUUUCUGCAGUUCAGCGGGUUCUUUCUGAUGGAGAAGGACACUCCGGUCUACCUGCGCUGGAUGUUCGACAUAUCGUUCCUCAAGUACAGUCUGGAAGGAGCCAUGAUGGCCAUUUUCGGAUACGAUCGCGAGCCAUUGCCCUGCAGUGAUCUUUACUGCCACCUGAGGCACCCCAAGUUCAUACUCAAAAGUCUGGACAUGGCCGACGGAAACUAUACGGUAGCUCUCAUCUUUCUGCUCAGCAUUUUGGUCUUCCUGCGCAUCCUGGCCUUCUACAUCAUGUCCUUCCGCCUCAGAUUGUUCAGAUGAGGCAAACCGCUUGAGGAACGAAAGGAAACCUGCCACAUUCCGCCGACAGCUAAAUGUUUUACUUUUAUAUAUGUGGUUUCUAUUUAAGCAUUUAUUCGAGAGAAACAUAUGUGCCAAAGAUUGGAGAAGCCGAUAGAGCGUAAGGAAAUCGUGAUAUAUAUCAGCAACACAGGAUCAUAGAGCCAUCACAGAAACACAUAUACACACACACACACUGACAAGCAUACACGCACGGCGGUAACCGAGAUCAAUAAUUGUAAAUAGAACAUUUUUAUAGCAUAGCAUAUAAACAAAUGUAUUUUUGUAACGUAUUAAUGAACCAUUAUUGACUAGUUGUUAAACUGGCCUGAUUUUCAGGCGACGGCUGCGAGUAUACAUUUGAAAAUAUUAUUAAAAAUAUU